AUGUCUAACAGCGUGUUUCUCUCCUCCACUGGCGACCUCGUCGUCCAGAAAGUUACCGAAACCUACACAAUCGAAGACUCCCAAUGCCUUGUCCGUGUUGAUUACUCCGCCAUCAAUCCUUGUGAUCUGAACUUCUUUUACAUGGGGCUUAAGUCUUUCGUCACUGGAUUUGAGUUCUCGGGCAUCGUGGAGAGGGCUGGUUCAGACACACCCUUCAAGGCAGGAGAUGCUAUCUUCGGCAUUUCGCCCGUCGUCAUUCCAAUGCCAUCUGCACAUGGAGCUCAUCAAGACUUGAUGGUGGCUCAAUCCGAGCUUCUCUAUCAUACUCCAGUGGGUAUAUCCUCCAAAGAUGCCAGUGCUAUAUGUAUGGCUGCGCACACAGCUACAGAUGCAUUGUUCAAUGUCAUUGGCGCUGGCCUCCCGGCUGCCAACGUUUCUGGUAUUGACCCUACUGGGAAGGGAAUUCUCAUCUGGGGCGGUGCAAGCAGUGUUGGUAUCAUGGCGGUCCAGAUUGCAAAAGCUGUUGGUUUCCGUCACAUCUUCAUUACUGCAUCUGCUAAGAACCACGAAACUCUUCAACACUUUGGCGCGACACAUUGUUUUGAUUACAGCAGCUCGACUGUAGUCCAAGAUAUCCAAGCAGCCCAGAGAGCUCUCCAAAUUGAGAUAGCCAUCGCUUUCGACACUGUCGGCAAAGGAACCAUGAAUCAUGGUGCUCCUACCGGCCCGAGCAGUCCGGAACUGACCAAGAGUGCACUGUUGUCAAGUAAGCCUGACGACCUGAAGCUCGCUUGCACGCUCCCAGUUCCUACAGACCCUGCUUUCGGGUUCUGCACUUCAUAUCGACCGAAGGGCAAUCUCAAUGCUAUGGGUGCGCCUCAAGACCCGGAUUCGGCUAUUCGUGUGCGCAAGAUCAUCGAGUAUCUGUUGGCAGAUGGUACACAUGGUUUGAAGCUACCUGUUGUCACGGUUGUCACUGACAUAAAGGACGGGAUUGGCGGCAUUCGCCGUGCGGCUGAAGGCAGGAUGAGUCUGGAAAAGCUUGUUGUAAAGCAUCCUUUGAAGUAA